ACGGUGUAGGUCCUUUUGAAGCCUGAGUGUGGAGAACAGUAUGAAUCCCACCUCCAACGACAGUGCUCCCCCGCUUGAGAUUUUAGAAGACAUGGCAUGCUCUAAAGACAGUGUUAACUUCUGAGGGGGAAGUUUGAAUGUGGUUCCCACUGCAGACUGGAAGUAGCUUUUUCUAUCUUAGCUAGUCCCUGACUACAGCAGUGGCUGAGAUGGCGCAGAGCCCGACAUUGCCACGCAGGUCCUAGGCGAUCUCUGCCCUACAACUCCUAGAGGCACCAGCGCUUUGCAGCUCUAGCGAGAGCCUGGCGCCCUCCCCAGACCAGGCGGCAUAGAGCGUCCAUUUCUAGACCACAGCCAGGGGCAGGGCCCUCAGAGACAGUAUUCUGCCCCUUCCUCAGGGAGGUCGGUUCAAAGGGCACACCAGGAUAGGGUCGCCUGCUUCCUUACAGAAGACCCUCAGGUCGCAGGUGAUCACUUUGUGGAGGAGCUCACUGCACCUCACAGCUGCAGUUUGGAGAGGUGCAGCGGGGGACGCCAAGCCCUAAGGCUCCCUGGAGCCUCCCUUUAGGGUCCUUCGGGAGCCUGCGCCUGACCGAGGGGGAUCAUACAAGUGCCCGGCAUUGGGGAUGGCUGUGGAAAGUUGGGGGCCUGAGCUGUGAGGCGGGGGAGCACACAACCCGGCGCCAAUGUCCGCGUCUCAUGAAUAUGCACGAACCACCUCCCUCCCUUCGUGACGUCACGGGCCGUCCCGGGGUGAGCGCCGGAGCCGCUCCGGUCCGCGCCAGUGAGUGCUGCUGUUGCCGGCGAGCGAGCGGCGCGGCGGAGGGCAGCGGAGGCCGAGGGUGAGGGCGGCGGCGGCGGCGGCGGCGGCGCCUAUAGCUCACCCAGAAGCAGCGAGGAGACCCGUGGCGGGCACAGGGGGACACCGGCAGCGAGCGUUAGGCGGCGGCGGCGGUAGCUCGGUAGCGGCUCAGGCGGCGAGGAUGCUGCCGAGGAGGCUGUGCUUGGUGCCGCUCCUGCUGGCGCUGGGCGUGGGGAGCGGCGGCGGCAGGGGCGACGGCGGGGACAGCCGGCGGCGCCGCCUCCUCGCGGCGAAAGUCAAUAAGCACAAGCCAUGGAUUGAGACAUCGUAUCAUGGAGUCAUUACAGAGAACAACGACACAGUCAUUUUGGAUCCUCCACUGGUAGCCCUGGAUAAAGACGCCCCAGUGCCUUUUGCAGGGGAAAUCUGUGCAUUCAAGAUCCACGGGCAGGAGCUGCCCUUUGAGGCUGUGGUUCUCAAUAAGACAUCUGGAGAAGGCCGGCUCCGUGCCAAGAGUCCCAUCGACUGUGAGCUACAGAAGGAGUACACGUUCAUCAUCCAGGCCUAUGACUGUGGUGUGGGGCCCCAGGAGGCAGCCUGGAAGAAGUCACACAAGGCUGUGGUCCACAUCCAGGUGAAGGAUGUCAAUGAGUUUGCUCCCACCUUCAAAGAGCCAGCCUACAAGGCCAUCGUCACAGAGGGCAAGAUCUAUGACAGCAUCCUGCAGGUGGAAGCCAUUGAUGAGGACUGCUCUCCCCAGUACAGCCAGAUUUGCAACUAUGAAAUUGUCACAACAGAUGUGCCUUUUGCCAUUGACAGAAACGGCAACAUCAGAAACACGGAGAAGCUAAGCUUUGACAAACAACGUCAGUAUGAGAUCCUGGUAACCGCUUAUGACUGUGGACAGAAACCUGCUGCUCAGGACACUCUGGUACAAGUGGACGUGAAGCCAGUGUGCAAGCCUGGCUGGCAAGACUGGACCAAACGGAUUGAGUACCAGCCUGGCUCGGGGAGUAUGCCCUUGUUCCCCAGCAUCCACCUGGAGACGUGCGAUGGCGCCGUGUCUUCACUCCAGGUCACUGCCGAGCUGCAGACUAAUUACAUCGGCAAGGGCUGCGACCGGGAGACCUACUCCGAGAAAUCCCUUCAGAAAUUAUGUGGAGCAUCCUCGGGCAUCAUCGACCUUUUGCCAUCCCCUAGCGCGGCUACCAACUGGACUGCGGGACUGUUGGUAGACAGCAGUGAGAUGAUCUUCAAGUUUGAUGGCAGGCAGGGUGCCAAGAUCCCCGAUGGGAUUGUGCCCAAGAACCUGACAGACCAGUUCACCAUCACUAUGUGGAUGAAACAUGGCCCCAGCCCUGGCGUGAGAGCCGAGAAGGAAACCAUCCUCUGUAACUCAGAUAAAACUGAAAUGAACCGGCAUCACUACGCCCUGUAUGUGCACAACUGCCGCCUCGUCUUCCUCCUGCGGAAAGACUUCGACCAGGCGGAUACCUUCCGCCCCGCAGAGUUUCACUGGAAGCUGGACCAGAUUUGUGACAAAGAGUGGCAUUACUAUGUCAUCAAUGUGGAGUUUCCUGUGGUCACCCUAUACAUGGAUGGAGCAACAUAUGAACCAUACCUGGUGACCAAUGACUGGCCCAUUCAUCCAUCUCAUAUAGCCAUGCAACUUACUGUCGGCGCCUGUUGGCAAGGAGGCGAAGUGGCCAAACCACGGUUUGCACAGUUUUUCCAUGGCAGCCUCGCCAGCCUCACGAUCCGUCCUGGAAAAAUGGAAAGCCAGAAGGUGAUUUCUUGUCUGCAAGCCUGCAAAGAAGGGCUGGAUAUUAAUUCCUUGGAAAGCCUCGGGCAAGGAAUAAAGUAUCACUUCAACCCUUCACAGUCCGUCCUCGUGAUGGAAGGUGAUGACAUUGGGAACAUCAACCGAGCCCUCCAGAAGGUGUCCUACAUCAACUCCAGGCAGUUCCCAACAGCAGGGGUCCGGCGCCUCAGACUCUCUUCCAAAGUCCAGUGCUUUGGGGAAGAUGUAUGCAUCAGCAUCCCAGAUGUGGAUGCCUACAUCAUGGUCCUGCAGGCCAUCGAGCCCCAGAUCACCCUCCAGGGAACAGAGCGCUUCUGGAGACCGGCUGCCCAGUUUGAAAGUGCCAGAGGAGUGACUCUCUUCCCUGACAUCAAGAUCGUGAGCAGCUUUGCCAAAACGGAAGCCUCCGGGGACACGAGAGCCACAGGCACAGCCCCCAAAUCGUCAGUCUUGGAAGAAAUGCUACACAACUUGGAUUUCUGUGACAUUUUGGUGCUUGGAGGGGACCUGGAUCCGAGACAAGAGUGCUUGGAGCUCAACCACAGUGAGCUUCACCAACGACACCUAGAUGCCACUAACUCUACGGCGGGCUACUCCAUCUAUGGUGUAGGGUCCAUGAGCCGCUAUGAGCAGGUGCUGCACCAUCUCCGUUACCGCAACUGGCAUCCCACUUCCCUUGAGACCCGGAGGUUCCGGAUCAAGUGUUCAGAACUCAAUGGGCGUUACACUAGCAAUGAGUUCAACCUGGAGGUCAGUGUCCUCCAUGAAGUCAGAGUCUCUGAUAAGGAGCACGUCAACCACCUUAUUGUGCAGCCACCCUUCCUCCAGUCUGUCCAUCACCCUGAGUCCCGGACUAGUAUCCAACGCAGCUCAGUGGUCCCGAGCAUCGCCACAGUGGUCAUCAUUAUCUCCGUGUGCAUGCUGGUGUUUGUUGUGGCCAUGGGUGUGUACCGAGUCCGAAUUGCCCACCAGCAUUUUCUCCAAGAGACUGAGGCCGCCAAAGAGGCUGAGAUGGACUGGGAUGACUCGGCCCUGACGAUCACAGUCAAUCCUAUGGAGAAACAUGAAGGACCAGGGCAUGGGGAAGAUGAGACUGAAGGAGAGGAAGAAGAGGAAGCAGAGGAAGGCGUGAGCUCCAGCAGCAGCGGCUCUGACGACAGCGAAGAGGAAGAGGAGGAAGGCACCGGCAGAGGCAGACAUGGGCAGAGUGGCACGAGCUCUCAAACCCCUGGAAAAAGCACCUGGAACACAGCAGAAGUCAUAAACAUUUGGAAGUGAAGCACAUAGCUUGUCCCUACUUGGUGAAGACAGAUCACAAAACCCCAUAUUGACUGAGCCAUAUAGAAACAGGUUGGCCACACACUUCUCCAAGCUUUCAGAAGUCUUUGUGAAUUCCCAUUAGUCCACGCAGUACUCAGACAGCUACAGACACCGGGUCUGGAUCUCUGGCAGUGAAUAGUGACAGUGUUGCACAUAGUGGCUUGCACACAUUUAGAACUAUCUGAAUAACACCCACAAUGCUGUUUCUGCAGGAUAGAGUCUGCCCACCCUACCAUUGUCUCUGCCUUUCCCUAUGGACUUGAUAGGUACUAUUGAAUCUGCCGUCUUCAGUCAUGAUGUUGGGAUGAAAUAUAAAGAUUCUGGGUGCAGCCAAUCUCAGGCCCUUCCCUCCUCCCAGCUCUGGAGAUGAUGCCACCAUUUAAAAACCUUGUGUGAGAAGCCUGUUUGUUUGAGCCUGUUGAGCCUGUUCCUCAACCUCAGUGAUGGGAAAGGCCUGAGACAGACAGGCUGUUUGUUCUACUGGAGCCUCUCUGGGGUCCACCCUGCAGAGAGACAAAGCACCCUCAUUUAUCGAUCCCCCCUUCCACCCACUCCUGACUGGGCAGUGGCCAUUAGGUCUGUGCAGCUGGAGUGUCUUUAGUCAGAGCCAGCUUCACCUGGGGAUUGUCCAGCGUGUUCUUGUCACACAUGUGCUGAGCCACUUGAGCUGCCUCCAAGAAUGAAUCUUCUUCUUAGUCUACAAAUGUAUUUAUUUGGUAACUAUGCUACUGUGUGUAUAUGAGUCUGAUACAAUGCAAAAGCUUUGAAAUGUCUUAUUAAAAGGACUUAUGAGUUUAUAGAAAAUUGAAUCUAACUUCAGAACAGUGCGUUAUGUUGUCGGUCAACAAAGUUGCCCAGCUACAGGGGACCCGAGGAAAACCUUACCCUCCCACUCCUUUCCUUGGUACCUUCUCCCUGCCUAAUAGCCCUACUAGAUUCUAACUGAUGCAGAGUGAAGGAUGCCGAGAGUGUACGUGUACAUAAAGAUUUGACAGAAAAAUAAACUCUGGGAAAAUCAGUUGAGUUUCUUCCCAAUGGCUGUGAUCUUAUCAUGCCCGAAUCCCAAACUCUAAAUUUCUAACAGUUUUGAUUCUUGCAGUUUCUGAGUAAUUUGUUAAAUGCCUAUUCAACACAGACAGAUAUUUAUUUUCAACCUUGGCUUGUAAAUGCCUACAAACUGAUUCAUGUUGGUGGUCGUUAUGACACUUCUGUGAAUUGGUGAAUAAAUAUGAUUUUAGAA